ACACAAAUUUCAGUCCUCGUUUUUUUUUUCCUUCUCUUUUUCUUUUCCUUUUUUCUCCAAAAACCCUAAAAAAAGAAAUUAAACUGCGAGAAAGCAAAAUACUAGCGGCCGCCAAGAAAUUCCCCCCCUCUCGCCCUCGCCUUCUCCGAGUUUCCAGCAUAUGCGCCCCGGAUUUUCCUUCAGAUUUGCCUAGUUUUUCUCCCUCGCUCUUGACUCGCGAUCUCCCGAUCUGGUUCGAAAGAUCGCACCCUUUUCUCUCUGUUUUUUUUAAUCUAUCUCUCCCCCGAGCGGCCCUCACUCAGAUCACCCAGGAGGAGGGCGGUUGCGGCGGUGGUGUCGUUUGCGGAUUGGAUUCUUUGUCUGAUCUCGCGUGGUGAGGUGAGUGAUUCGGUUCUUUCUUGAUUUGGUUUUUGGGAUCGGUGAUCCGUUUGGGUUCUUGUUUUGGGGGUGACAGGAUCUUGUCUGUGUGGAUUCGCGGGUUUCUUGGAUCGGAAAGGGGGAAUGCUGGUAUCAAUAUGCUAGCCCGCGGAGCCGUGCGGUCGCUGUUCGAUCGUCUCCGGCCGCCGCCGCAUCACCGGAGGAGGAGGAGUAGCCCCGCCGCGAUUAUGCCGGCCGCCGCCGCCGCCCACCGUGGCUGCUUCUGCAGCCUCAGCCACUCGAAUCUGUGCGGGGAGGGCAGUGUGAUUCAGAGGAAGGGAUUUCUUGAUCUUGGGAUGGGUCGGAGGUUCGCGCCGGGCAGCGCAUUGGGAUCCAAGGGAUGCCUGAAUUGGCAGGAUCGGGGUAGAUCCAAGAGGGGGGUGGAUGGUGGCGAGGCCGUGAGGAUCAAGGCGCAGGUUCUGGCGCCGCAGCGGCAGCUGCUCCAUGACCCGGAGGUUCUGCCAUUGGAGGAGGUUGCCACGAAGAGCUUGAACGGGAAUGGCGCGUGCCGGCGUGGGAAGCCGCUGGGUUUCCCCGAGAACGCUGCGCCGACGAAGAUGGUGGUUGCUGUUGAUGUGGAUGAAGUUCUUGGAAGCUUUCUUGCUGCUCUCAACAAAUUUAUUGCGGACCGUUAUUCUUUGAAUCACUCAGUAUCAGAAUACCAUGUGUAUGAGUUCUUCAAGAUAUGGAAUUGUUCUCGAGAAAGAGCUAAUUUUCUUGUCCAUGAGUUCUUUACAACCCAUUACUUCCAAGAUGGUAUACAUCCUAUCCCCGGUGCCCGAGAUGCUCUGCAAAAUCUCUCUUCUUUCUGUAGCUUAUCUGUUGUCACAUCUCGGCAGGAUGCAAUUAAAAAUCACACAUUAGACUGGAUCGACAAGUACUAUCCAGGGUUAUUUGAGCAGAUCCAUUUUGGAAACCAUUUUGCUUUGCAAGGUCAAUCAAAGCCAAAAUCAGAAAUUUGCAGAUCUUUUGGUGCUCAGGUUUUGAUAGAUGACAACCCCAGAUAUGCUUUAGAUUGUGCCGAGGAUGGCAUGAGGGUCCUUCUCUUUGAUUAUCACAACUCGUACCCUUGGUGCAAAACUGGUGUUGACGAAUCGCAUCCGCUGGUGACCAAGGUUCACAAUUGGCAAGAAGUUGAGGAAAAGCUUCUUUCUUGGGUAGUACCAGAGUUCUGACACUUGAUUCGGUAGGAGACGCACCAUUUGAGAGCAGCAGAUGUCUCGGUAGACUUUGAUUUCUGAAGAAACAUGUUCAACCCAUUCCAGUAUGUCAGAGUUAAAUAGGAUCUACAACAUCCCUAGGCAAAGACUGGCAGAAUGAACGUUGUUGCAGAAUGAAGGUCUGGAAGGCUCCAGUUUUAGUAUGUCUCCCAUGUGAUUCAAGACGAAUUUGCAAUGUUGACGACUGAAACCGUCUUCACUCUUCAGUUCUUUUACCCUGCUGUGGGGUGUAUAUAUUGACACUGCUAUAACCUCAAUGAAUUUGGGGAACGCUUCAUAUAAAUUUGACAUGCGUGUGAGCGUGUUAGAUCUUUAACUUUCUCGCCUGUGAUCUCUCAUUCUGCGUUUUUAAGUGUAGAUCGGCAAAAGUUGAAUCCAGGUCCGGGAGGCUCAUGGCUUUGUAACUGGAUACGGACAAAUAUAAUACCACCUCCGUUGCAAAAA